CCGCGAGGGUUCUACUAACCCCGUGGCCAUGGAAGAUUUGCAGCUUUGUUUGCCAGCAGAGGAGGAGAUGGUGGAAGCACCACACCAAAGUCGUACUGCCCGUCCAGGACACCUGUGGAGCGAAGAUCUGCGCGAGGCAUCGGAGUCGGAGUGUGCACGGUGUACCAACUUGGUCUGGCAAUGCCACCUGGAGCUUGUGAAGAAGUUGGAUCGUCACGAGAAGCUUCUGCAACAGCUUUUGAACCGAAAGCUGACUGUGCCUUCGGAAGCGUCCGUGGUGUCAGUGCACUCGAGAACUUCGAAUGUCAGCGGCGUCAGCAGAAUGAAAGAUGCUUUGCGAAGUCCUAGGAGUGUGGACAGUCGGGAGGCUGUGGACACCGUCUUGAGUGGAAACUCCCCCAGGCUCCAGACCUCUUCGCCGAACCUUUUCCAAAGUUUCACCGCCUUCGACUUGGGUCUUAAGGCAGACGCUCACGCCGCCCAUACCGAGACCAGCCGCAGAAAAUACGCCUCGCUGCGAAUGGACCAAGUGUUGGGAGCUUCUGUGCUCUCUUCCAAAGAAGCCAUUCAGAAAGUCCAACAUGUGGUUCUCCAUCCUGCCUUCGACGUUUUUUUCGCAGUGGUGGUCUUUGUCAACGCCAUUUUCAUCGGUUUGGAGGCUCAAUCCAACAUGUCCGGGAAUUGGCUUUCUCCGUCCACCAUUCGGAUUGCGAACUAUUCCUUUGCGGUUGCAUUCACCUUGGAACUACUUGGGCGCAUACUAGCUGGUGGACGCAGCUUCUUCUAUUCAGAAGACUGCAUGUGGAACUAUUUAGAUGCGUGUAUUGUGAUUACUUCCAUCAUCGAGAUUGUCCUCGAUCUUGUUUCAGAGGCGCAAGGCGCCAGUCAGAAUAUCACUGGCUUCAAAGUCUUCCGGAUCAUACGCCUCAGCAAAGUGGUGAAGACGGUCCGCCUGGUGCGUAUUGUUCGUUUUGUGCUGGCCCUACGGACCUUAGUCACUUCCAUCGCACAUACACUGAAGGCAUUGUUCUGGGCUUUAACUUUGCUCGCUCUGAUUAUAUAUGUAUUUGCCAUUCUAUUUGCCCAAGCUGUGCAUGAUGCUUCGCUGGAUCCAGACAAGGCAGCUGAAGCCAUUGGCGAGAAGUAUUUUCGAUCUCUGCCUGAGAUCAUGUUGACUCUGUUUAUGAGCAUCGCGGGAGGAGUCAGCUGGGAAGACGUCAUCUACCCUUUAAUCGAAAUUGAUGCCAUGUGGGCCUUCUUCUUCCUGUUUUUUGUUGCGUUUACCUAUUUCGCUGUGUUAAAUGUGGUAACAGGUGUUUUCUGCCAAUCGGCGAUUGAGAACGCACAGAAGGAUCAGGCAGCAGUUGUGCAAAAUAUUUUGGACAACAAAGAAUCCCACUUGAAAAAGAUCAGAUAUCUGUUCACGCAGCUCGGGGCAGACAAUACCGGUGCAAUCACCUACGAGAUGCUGAAUCAACACAUUCGAACGCCAGCUGUGCGCAUCUAUUUUGAGAGUUUGGGUUUGGAUGUGACAGAUGCAUGGUCCUUCUUCAAACUACUGGACUCUGAUGGAGGCAAAGGAACGCGUGGGGAACUAAUGGGCAUGGGCAAAACGACGCAACUUGAGAAGGCAAUCAAUGCGAGCAACAUCGCAUGUAACAAAAUGAUACAGUCGAAGCACGUUGUCAGGGCAUCCAAGGUAUGCCGUCCUCUGAUCUGGGUUCACUCAUGGGUUUUGUGA